CGUCACUUCCGCUACCCGCACCGUUGGCUCGAGCUUUUGUUGCUAAGCUAGUCGGCUGCUCGGCGUGAGUCCUUCAACAUGUCGGACUUGUCCCGUUUGAAGAGCGACCUGCUGCUCAUCGUGAGAGCCGGGAUGAGCAGCCUCUCUCCGGGGGAACCGGAGCACCGGGCCGAGGAAAAACUCAGCGCUCUGGUGGACCGCUUGUGUCGGAGCUGUUGAUGAAAUCCUCAAGAUGGUUAAGCCUCCAGGAGACCUGAAGGGUCCACCAGGAGACCUGAAGGGUCCAACAAGAGACCUGAAGGGUCCAACAAGAGACCUGAAGGGUCCACCAGGAGACCUGAAGGGUCCAACAAGAGACCUGAAGGGUCCAACAAGAGACCUGAAGGGUCCACCAGGAGACCUGAAGGGUCCAACAAGAGACCUGAAGGGUCCAACAAGAGACCUGAAGGGUCCGCCAGAAGACACAAAGGGUCCAGACCCAAAGGGUCUACCAGGAGACCCAAAGGGUCCACCAAGAGACCCAAAGGGUCCACCAAGAGACCCAAAGGGUCCAGCUGAGUCUGACGGCAGCAGUGACGGUUUAGAGAAGACGACAGCAGUGGUUUCAGGUGGAGGCGAGCGCCCCCCCCCAGGACACACCUACAUCCUGGUUUACGGGAUCGAGGGCCAAGCUAGUGCUAAUGCUAAUGCUAACGGUGAGAAUAAAACCGCCUUGAUGCCACACAGCAAGCGCUCUCUCCCUCCGUCUCCCCCGCAGGCCGAUGUCCCCGACCACGAGUAUGCUCGCCCGCCACCGGGCGCCGCCCCAUCAGCGGAGGGCGACGUCUUGGCGGUACGGAGGCGGCGGAAGAAGGUUCCUGACGCGUCUCGGGACGAGGUGACGCAGAGUCACUGCCGGUGUUCCCAGUGCGGGAAGCUGUCAACCAGCCAGCGGCUCUCCGACCACCAGAGGAAGUCCCACCCGCUGUGCUCGGUGUGCGGGGCGGUGUUCGCCGGCAUCCUGAGGCUCCGCGAGCACACCGCCAAAGAGCACGGGCUGCUGCCCCACGACUACUGCCCCAAGAGGUUCAACCACAAGGCUCACCGCGACCUGCACGUGAAGGCACGGCACACCGGCGAGAAGACCUGCCACUGUGACGUCUGCGGGAAGGGCUACUGUGGCACCAGCACGCUGAAGACGCACCGGACCACCCACUUCGACAAGACCUUCAUCUGCGACGUCUGCGGGAAGAGUUUCUACCACGCCGGCCACCUGACGCGGCACAAGCUGGUGCACCGGGAGGUGGGGCCAUUCCGGUGCUCCACCUGCGGGAAGGGCUUCACCCAGGCCGCCAACUUGCGCGGCCACCAGGCCAUCCACACCGGAGAGAGGCCGCUCUGCUCCGUCUGCGGCCGGAGCUACCGCUGCCUGAGGAGCCACUUCAUCAGCAAGCACUCGCACCAGCUGGCGGCCGGAGACGCCGUCAUCACCUGCGAGAUGUGUGGCAAGAACUUCCCCCACCUGUCGCAGUUCAGGAUUCACCAGAGGAGCCACACGGGGGAGAAACCGUUCCACUGCGACGUCUGCGGGAAGAGUUACGGCAUGAAGCAGCAGCUGAGGGACCACCGGUGCACCCACACCGGGGAGAAACCCUAUAGCUGCACCCUGUGCUCCAAGACCUUCAACCUGGCCACCAGCUUCAUGAGGCACCGCAGCAUCCACACCGGGGAGACACCCCACAGCUGCACCACCUGCGGGAAGCACUUCCGCCUGCUCACCUUCUUAAAGGCUCACCUACGGACCAAAGCUCACCUGAAGAGGGUGCAGCCGGUGACCUCUGACCUGUGACACCUUGAUCUCACUGAAGAUGUCGCCUCCCC